AUGGGCUCUCUUUCACCGCAAGAGCUGUCGGCGUGUCUCCUUUACGACCCCAAUCAUUACGACAAGGAAAACCACCUAGCCGCACUUGAACAUCGCCAGCAGGUCGUCCGAGCCUGGGGCAUCCCGCCUGGAGCGUCAGUGCUCGAAAUCGGACCAGGCCAGGGUGACCUCACUGUCGUGCUGGCUGAUGCCGUUGGACGCACAGGCCGCGUAGUCGCCGUUGACAAUGCGCCGCUGCACUGGGGCACCCCGGACUAUGCAUCAGCUCAAGCCCAUGUCCGCGUCUCUCCUGUAGGACACCAGAUCACCUUCGUACAGGCUGACCCCAUCGCGUAUCUGUCGGGAGGCGCUGGCGGGCAAACGUUCGAUUUCAUCGUUUUUGGCUACUCCAUCUGGUAUUUCUCCAGUCCGGACAUCCUGAAAAGAACACUCCAAGCGGCCUGUCAACAUGUCCGGAGCGUGCUCAUCGCAGAGUACAGUCUCUCCGCUUCCCAUUUAGCUCAGGUGCCUCACGUUCUCACUGCCCUCGCGGCCAACGCUCUAGAGAGCUUCCGAGGGGAGGAGUCGAAACGAAACAUACGCUGCGCGCUCAGCCCGCGUCAGAUCACAUCUUUUGCCGCGGAUGCCGGCUGGGCGUUGGCCAAGGAGGAAAUUGCCACGCCUUUGGUGAGACAGGCUGAUGCGAGGAAUGAAGCGGAAAUGGUGCUCAACCCGCGGCGCCUGUUUCGUAAGGACCUGGAUGAGGUGGUUUCUCGUACGGAUCUCAAGAUCGGUAUCAUGUUGCGGACCAUGCUCGACGCGGUUGCAGCCAGCGUGGGAAAUUUGGAGGGCGGGGUGGAUAGUGCUAGGAACAUGGAUGUCUGGAUUGCACGGUUCGAAAGGGGUUCGUAA